UUGGCCAACAGGGUUGGAGCGUACCUGAAACGACGCGUAGCGAGGGGCCCUUUUCAGUCCAAAAUGUGGGAAAGCUUACGCGCAGACUCGCAGACCAGGCGCCCAGAGCCGAAUGCACACCAAAGGCGACUACGCCUCCGAUAUGGCCGCAGUCACUGCUUCAUUUUUUCCUCCUGUAAGCGCGCCGCGACUCUGUGGUCAUGUCAGAAAAGAUUGGGCUAUCAAGCGCUGAUCAAAGUGUUGUUGCUCCUACAUGGUCCAGCAACUUUCAAGCGGAGCGAGCCCGGUGCCGUACAUGUCACAUCUUACAAUUUGACACAAGGCAUCUUCAGGUUGCUAUUACACAUGUCACCCACUGGACAACUCAUGGGCGGAGUCUCCCCUCCAUCGUCAUGAUAGGAGCACACCCCCUGCAGAUGAAGGUGUCAUUUGCACCGAAAUCCGUUGAAAACCUCUCCAGAGCCCCCGCUGAAACGCAAUCUGCUUUGCGCACGCAGCAUGAACACCGUGACGGUCCGAUUUUCCACUUGGUUCGGAUCAAGCAAGGAACAAAGUCCGAGUUUGACUGCACCCGUGUUGAAAGGGACAAGCAGACCCAAAGUUUGGAUGCCUCAUCGCACAUGACUUUGAAAUACAUUUUCCCACAGGAUGUGCAAAGGGAGGGUUGAAUGUGAGCACUCAUGUGACUGGAAGAGUAUUGUCGCAGGAGCAAAGGCAGGCUACUUUAACACCCCUCAAAAGAUUCCUACACGUGGGAGGUUAUGGACGCUGCUCAAACAGGAUUCCAAAUCACAACCAAAACUAGCCUGUGAAUCAGCGUGCGCAUUCAUUCGGCUGGCGCAACAAGAGUGAAGCGGCUUCUCAGAGACAGUUGCUCAGGGGCAAAAGCACUGAGGCUGCCAACGCUUCGAUUUACAUGCCGAAGACACUUACAUCGAUUUUCCUGAAUGGUUGCGGUAAGUUGUACCCAAUCCUGGCGUCAAAUUUGGGACGCGAAUUGCCGGACAACAAUCCAUGUCCAUCACGCCCAUGUUCCCAAAACGAAUGCCAGUUGCAAGAUCAACCCACCUUAGGCUCCAAAUUGCCCACGUGGGGAGACUUUGUAGAGGUUCCAAGCCUUUCUCCGCUAAGGAUCAUAAGGAUUGGGAAUCGCUGCCAUCCAAGAAAGGCUGCAGCAUGUGAGCUUGGUCCCUGGCUUUCCAGUCGCCAUUCAAAGCCAGGUGGAGCCUUAGGAUGAUGGCAGUGCCUAUGGGCCUGGCUUUCGAUUCUAUUUAUCUGUGUCAUCAUUAUGUGAAAUCUAUACCUUCUGUAGCUGUUCGACUUGGGUACUCUUUAAGUGACAGUCAGGCCGGUCCAUGCUUGUCUUGGUUCGCAGGCCAGGCUAUUCCUCCCAUGCCUGGAAUUCUUUUAUCCAAUCUCCCUAUCGAUUUACAUCUGAAAGAUGCACCCACUCCGGAAACCGUUCCAAAAGCACAAGCAAGUCUUCACUCGUCCAAACUGAAUUGCAAGCCAUGCUGCUCCUCUCACCAAUGAAAGCUGCUAAAUCAUCCAAAAUGCAAUUGAUGAUACGAUCUAAACCGACCCAUGUGUAGCUGCAUGCGAGCUUGACUUGUGGCUUUCGGGGAAAAUGGUUUCAGGCCAGCCCUAGACUCUGCGUCAAAGGCCUUAGUAGUUCUGAAUGCGCUAAGGAAAUGCUUACGCCGCAGCUUAUGCUCUGCUUAUGCACCCACAGUCUUAGCUUACGUGCAGGAAUAGCUGACUCUCAUGAUUACGCGGGCUUACACACACACCGGGUUUUUGCUUACGCAAGGUCCUUAUUGCCUCUCUUGCUAAAAAUGAACAAGUGGGUUUUAUUGCGUUUUGAAAGUGGCUCAAAUUUAGACUCAUCAUGUAAGAUCUGCGCGUGCUCUCGCUGUCCAACUUGUGAACUUUUCAGAAGUGAGCCUGGCUUGGUG